AUGAGUUACGGAUCUGACGUCUAUUCCUCCUCCUCCUACAGGAAGAUUUUCGGGGAUUCUCCCCGCUAUGCAUCCUCUCCAUCCCGGUCUGCGGUGAACGUGUCCUCACGGGGAGGCUACCGGUCCUCCUCUCUAUCCCGGACCAACGUUUCAUCCCUGGGCUCGUACAACAGAAAGUCCGGCCGCUCCUACUCGUCCAUGCCAUCGGAGACCUUCGACCUGACACAGAGCAGCGCCCUUAACAAUGAGUUCAAAAUCGUCCGCACCAAUGAGAAGGAACAAAUGCAGGGUCUUAACGACCGCUUUGCGAUGUUCAUCGACAAAGUGCGCAACUUGGAGCAGCACAACAAAGUGCUGGAGACGGAGUUGUCCGCGCUGCGCCAGCGGCACACUGAACCGUCCCGCCUGGCCGAGCUUUACCAGCAAGAGAUCCGCGAACUGCGCUCCCAGCUCGAGGAGCUGAACGGGGAGAAGUCCCAGUUCAUGAUGGAGAGGGAUAGUAUUGAAGACGACCUGCAGAAGCUCAGGGGGAAAUACGAGGAGGAGUACCGUGCCCGAGAGGAGGCGGAGGCCACCCUCAAGGCUUUUAAGAAAGAUGUGGACGACGCCACCAUGGUGCGCCUGGACCUGGAGAAGAAGGUGGAAUCUCUGCUGGACGAGAUCAGCUUCCUCAGGAAGGUGCACGAGGAGGAGGUGGCCGAGCUGAUGGACAUGAUCCAAGCUGCCCAGGUGUCUGUGGAGAUGGAGGUGUCCAAGCCGGACCUCACCUCCGCCCUCAAGGAGAUUCGAGGCCAGUACGAGUCCAUGGCGUCCAAGAACCUGCAGUCCGCCGAGGAGUGGUACAAGACCAAGUUUGCCGACUUGUCCGAGCAGGCCAACCGUAGUAACGAGGCCAUCCGGGCCAGCAGGGAGGAGAUGAACGAGUUCAGGAGGCAGCUGCAGUCCAAGACCAUCGAGAUAGAGAGUCUGAGGGGAACCAACGAGUCUCUGGAAAAGCAGCUCCGGGAGAUGGAGGAAAGGCACAAUGCGGAGAUUGGAAACUACCAGGACAGCAUGGUAGAGCUGGAGAAUGAGCUGAGGACCACUAAGAGCGAGAUGGCUCGUCACCUGAGGGAGUACCAGGACCUGCUGAACGUCAAGAUGGCUCUGGAUAUUGAGAUUGCAGCUUACAGGAAACUACUGGAAGGCGAGGAGACCCGCAUCGGGACAGGGAUCACCUUUCCCGGCCCCUCCAUGAGCUCAAGUGCUGGGCAAGGCUACAACUACCAGUCCCGCAUCUACACCAGCUCCAGCAAGGUCUCCAAGAAAGAGAGCAAGGAGGAGGACCAGCAGCAGCAGAUCAAGUCUGGAGUCAAGGUGUCCCAGCGUGAGGUCUAUGAGGAGAAGAAGAUGGAGAAGCCGCAAGACAGCAGCGAUACUCCCACCAAUCAGAAAAACUAAGGCUACUGUAAGCCUGGUUUUGACCCCUGAAGCUUCCCUUCUACCCUGCAAACCCAAAACCUCUCUUCAUUACCCACCCAACAAACCCAGAGCCUUUACUCUUAAGCAUUUGUGGGAAUCCUUAUUAUACGCAUAGUAAGAUGUUCAUGGUGCCUAUUGUGUGUUGGAUGUCCACAAGUGUGUAGAGUGCAGGAUCUAGAUGUUUGUUUUACCUGGCGUUUAUUCUUCCUUGUCCCCUUUGUCCCCCAUGAGUUCCCCAAAGGAAAUCCAUUAUAACUCUACUGUAACCAUCACUCUAUACAAAACCACAGUAUCAUCUGUUCUCUCUCGUUCUCCUUCACACACUCAACAUCAGACAAUAACAAGCACUUAGGUAGCAUAUCUUACAGAUAUUCAAAAUAUGAUAUUCAACAGGUCUUUCACACUUUGGGCUAAUGUUACAUUCAUAUGUGAUACUUAAACACAGUAGAUAAUAACUCUGGUCUUUCACUACUACCACACGCUGUGAGAUACUCUUAACACAUUCCAAUGGAAGCAUGUGUGUGCGAGUGUUACUGUGCGCAUUUAGAGAGCUAAAGAUUCAGAAAACAUCAGCUGGUGAUGGUUACUCUUUCUGCAUCCACUUAUACAAUACAAAUACAAUUAUUCUUGACUGUUGUUAUUAUAACAGUUUAGUAAGGAAGCACACAGUCUACAAUUACAGGAAACCAGCCAAAAUAAACAAUAAUAUGUGAUAGUGUCUUGCUGAGCCAUUCAUUAUUAGUCUCUUAACUAAAAGUGGAGCUCUUAAGCAAAAUGUCUGUUUAAAUCUCCACAAUGCACAAUUUGUUUGAUCACAGUCCACCGACAUCAAUGGUUUGACUGUGGUCCAAUCAGCUCUGCAUGACAAACAGUAUGGAAGAGGAUGCACAUCCUCAGUCAAGCAGCGACUCCUCUUUAACUUAGUUUCACUUCCAAAAGUGGAUUGCUGUGGCUAUUUAAAUGAGAUUUGAAGCCAACCAGAAAACAAAUGUAUUAAUGUAUCGAGGAUAACUUGCAUGGUGUAUGUAGAUGUCAUGCUUGCAUGGAAUCCAUCAGCCCAUUUGCUCAUUUGACACGAUUUCGUUUGGAGUUCAAAGGUCGGCCAUCUGCCAUGCUGAGCAUCAUCGCGCACAACGCUCGUUAAUAACUGGAAUAGACGUGCUUGUUAGCCUGUAGGCUAGAUUUGAGACUACUGUUGUAGCUCUUACUGUAGGAUGUGACUUAGGUAGGCUUCUCUACUGCUGACGCUAUGAGGAUAAGAGGGAAAGAUCCUCUUUAAGGCACUCAUAUAGGAAUGAAAAAGGGAAAGUUAAGCAAAGAUGCAAAGGAGGCAAAAUGCAAGAGAUUUUUCUCCAGUCAACUAGAGACUGAUUUACAAUUACGCUUUAGCACAAAUGUACAAGAUUCUGUAUCGUUCAUCCACUUAACAUCAUUUCCCAUGUGCUUUUAAGCCCCAGAAUACAUACCAUAUCACUCAGCCAGAGAAAAAAAUCAAUGGCAUCAACACUUCAAAUACAUCCCAGAUUCAGCCAGAAGCCGCCAGACCACAAUAUGUUUGAAACAACUUGACCUCGCUCUUUAUAACUGUGGCCAUGACUGGAUAAAGUGUCUGUUGUAGUGCGACCUCACCUCUAGAAAUCCCUGAGUAAGGGAGACUUAUAGCUUGUUUUUCCUGCCUGUGCACUGCCAAUUUUAACACAGAUAUCUUAUGCUGCUGCUGCUGCUGCUGGUCCUGGCGAACCACGCCCUGACAAACUGCACUCACGAUGAAAACAAAAAAACUACUGAUUGUAAAGCAGACUGUUCUGGAUAGGGUUCCUGUUGUUUUACUUGAGGCUUGUGAUAAGUAUCUUAGUACUGUAGUGAGUGUGUUUGCGUCUCUACACAGUGGCCUAUCAUUACUGGAAUAAUUUGAGGGGCAGCAAAUCUGAAAGUUGGGAAUUUUGUUCAAGUUUAAAGCCGAAGACAAAUCUCAAAUGUACAAGAACUUAUAAAUAUAAGCAGCAUUUUAUAGUAUACAGCUAUAAUAAUGGAUGAAUGAUUCAUGGGUGAAAAUGUCAAGCCUUUAUCUUUAAACUGUAAACCAAAAGAGUUUUCACUGGUGUCUGAAGAAACAAUGUCACUGCAACUUCUACAGCACUGCCAAACUUUUUUAGUGCACACGCAAACACCACUUCAUGGAAGAACAUCGAGUAUUUUCUGAACAGUACGUCACCAAUCAAAAAACCAACAAUCAAGAUUUAGCCAUAGAACAAAUAUUGCAGGAUGUGAAAUGCCUUAAAACACCAGCAGCUUUUAUUCUGGCCAUUUGUGUGAUGUGUAUGAUUCUGUUCAGUGGGGUGUUUAAUCAUUAUUAUCUCUCCAUUAGUGUUUAUUAGAGCUAUCAUGACUACAAAAGCAUAGGGAUUGAAUGUAGUUGACAUGCUAUUAUCUUUACUGUUAUUACUACAUAUGUAUUGCUGUAUCCACAUCAAUAAAGACUUGACAUU